AACCCCAUUUUCCGGCACGCUCCGCCGGACUUUUCAAAAUCCGGCAACUUCUCCCAUAACUCAGUUUGCAAACUCGCUAUAUCUGCUCUUUACGGAUCGACACGUGGCACAUCUUCUCUCAUUCUCAAGUUCCCUCUGAAUUUCGCCCGUCAACUGAACACUAAAACCCGUCGGAAAUGCGGCAUAGCACAAGUCGUAGCUGGCUCGUGGUUCACCAACGAUCAUCCUCCACUUUCUCCCUCCGGUGGUUCUUCUUCGUUUGGUGAGGAGAUAUUAUCGACGUUUAUUAACAGCGACGGUAACGGAAACGUGAGCGGUGUAAAGUUGACUGAUUUAACUACUGAAUCGAAAUCAACUGCUUCAUUUCUUACUUCUGAUGGCAGCAUCUCUAUUCAUGCAGGUGAAAGACUAGGACGUGGUAUAGUAACUGAUGGAAUCACCACUCCUGUUGUUAAUACGUCUGCUUAUUUCUUCAAGAAUACAGCUGAGCUUAUUGAUUUCAAGGAGGGAUGCUAUUCAAGUUUUGAGUAUGGGCGUUAUGGAAAUCCAACCACUGUUGUUGCUGAGGAAAAAAUUAGUGCACUUGAGGGGGCUGAGUCCACAUUGUUAAUGGCAUCUGGAAUGUGUGCUAGCACCAUUUUACUAAUGGCAUUGGUUCCAGCUGGUGGUCAUAUUGUGACAACAAUAGAUUGCUACAGGAAGACUAGAAUUUUCAUUGAGACAGUACACCCCAAAAUGGGAAUCAAGGCCACUGUCAUCGAUCCUGCAGAUGUGGAUGCCUUGGGAUCUGCAUUGGAAAAGAAUGAAGUUGCUCUAUUCUUUACCGAGUCACCAACAAAUCCGUUUCUGCGGUGUGUCGACAUAGAAUUGGUUUGCAAAUUGUGCCACCGAAAAGGAGCUCUUGUAUGUGUGGAUGGAACCUUUGCAACACCUUUGAACCAAAAGGCCCUUGUUCUGGGUGCCGAUAUCGCUUUGCAUUCUGCAACCAAAUAUAUUGGUGGCCACAAUGAUGUCAUUGCUGGUUGUAUCAGUGGUUCCGAGAAGCUUAUGGCUCAAGUUCGUACCCUUCAUAACAUUUUCGGUGGAACUCUUAGCCCUAUGGCUAGCUACCUGAUUAUACGAGGUAUGAAGACUCUGCAUCUUCGAGUACAGCAGCAGAAUUCUACUGCAUUAAGGAUGGCUAAACUUCUAGGGGAUCAUCCCAAGGUGAACAGUGUAUAUUAUCCUGGUCUCAGUAGUAAUCCUGAGCACCACUUAGCCAAGAAACAAAUGAUUGGUUAUGGUGGGGUGGUCAGCUUUGAGAUUGAUGGGGACUUGCUUACCACAGCGAAGUUUAUAGAUGCUCUGAAAAUCCCUUACAUUGCCCCUUCUUUUGGGGGCUGCGAGAGCAUUGUAGAUCAGCCUACAAUAAUGUCAUACUGGAAUCUCAGCCAGGAAGAGAGGGCAAAAUUUGGUAUUGCUGACAAUCUGAUCCAGUUUAGCUUUGGAGUAGAAGAUUUUGACGACUUAAAGGACGAUAUCCUUCAGGCUCUUGAGACCAUUUGAGGAUUUUGUGCUCCAAAUCUGCAUAAUGCCCCCAUCCUUUCCAUUUCUUUCCAUCUGUUUCUUGAGUUGCUCUUACCAAUUUCUGGUGUUUGUAUAUAUUCAACAAAUCAUUCUGUGUUUUUUCACUUGGUUCCGAGACUCGAAAUGACAAUGGUUUUCUUUUUUAUUCAUA